GAAGGGUUAAAAAACCAGGCGUGUUGGCUCUUGAGGAAAAGACUUGGUGGACAGAGGCGGCACCUGACAACAGUCUUUAAAUAUGUGACGGGCUAUUAAUGGAGGUCGGUGGUCACCUGGUCUCCAUGUGCGCUGAAGAGGGCGCGAGCAGGGAUGGGCGUAAUCGGCAGCAAAGGCGCCGGCGACACGACGACCUGAAGGAGAUGCUGGACAGUAACAAGGACUCUCUGAAGCUGGAGGCCAUGAAGAGGAUCGUGGCUAUGAUCGCCAGGGGGAAGAACGCGUCCGACCUCUUCCCGGCCGUGGUGAAGAACGUGGCUUGCAAGAACAUUGAGGACCCCAACCAGCUGAUCCGGGCCAGCGCCCUGCGGGUCCUCUCCAGCAUCCGGGUGCCCAUCAUCGUGCCCAUCAUGAUGCUGGCCAUCAAGGAGGCAGCGUCGGACAUGUCUCCGUACGUGCGCAAGACAGCUGCCCACGCCAUCCCCAAGCUGUACAGCUUGGAUUCGGAUCAGAAGGACCAGCUGAUUGAAGUGAUAGAGAAGCUGCUGUCAGAUAAGACCACGCUGGUGGCGGGCAGCGUGGUCAUGGCCUUCGAGGAGGUCUGCCCCGAGCGCAUCGACCUGAUCCACAAGAACUACCGGAAGCUCUGCAACCUGCUGAUCGAUGUGGAGGAGUGGGGCCAGGUGGUGAUCAUCAACAUGCUGACCCGCUACGCGCGCACCCAGUUCCUCAGCCCCAACCAGAACGAGCAGUGCACCGACAUGGGACCCACCAGCCAGGAGCCGGCGCCCCAGCCCUGGGCGGUGCCCUCCCGUGACUUCCUGUCUCUUUCCCCUCAGGUGGUGAUGGCCGUAGCUCAGCUCUACUUCCACCUGGCCCCCAAGGCCGAAGUCGGGGUCAUUGCCAAGGCCCUGGUGCGACUCCUGAGGAGCCACAGCGAGGUGCAGUACGUGGUGCUGCAGAACGUGGCCACCAUGUCCAUUAAGCGGCGGGGGAUGUUCGAGCCGUAUCUGAAGAGCUUCUACAUCAGGUCCACGGACCCCACCCAGAUCAAGAUCCUCAAGCUGGAAGUUCUCACCAACCUCGCCAACGAAACCAACAUCUCCACCAUCCUGCGGGAGUUUCAGACCUACAUCCGGAGCAUGGACAAGGACUUCGUAGCUGCCACUAUCCAGGCCAUCGGGCGCUGCGCCACCAACAUCGGGAAGGUCCGAGACACCUGCCUGAACGGCCUCGUGCAGCUCCUGUCCAACAGGGACGAGCUGGUGGUGGCUGAGUCCGUGGUCGUCAUUAAGAAGCUGCUGCAGAUGCAGCCCUCUCAGCACAGCGAGAUCAUCAAGCACAUGGCCAAGCUCACCGACAACAUCCAGGUGCCCAUGGCCCGGGCCAGCAUCCUCUGGCUAAUCGGCGAGUACUGCGAGCACGUGCCCAAGAUGGCGCCCGACGUGCUGCGCAAGAUGGCCAAGUCCUUCACCGGCGAGGAGGACAUCGUCAAGCUGCAGGUCAUCAACCUGGCCGCCAAGCUCUACCUGACCAACUCCAAGCAGGUUAGCGUCCGCCAGCUCAUCGUGCCCACCGAGAAGAGCGGGGUCCUCAACAAGUACGCCAAGAAGCUCUUCCUGGCGCAGAAGCCCGCCCCCAUCCUGGAGUCCUCCUUCAAGGAUCGGGACCAUUUCCAGCUCGCCUUCCUCAACACCAAGGCCGUGGGCUACCAGGAGCUGCCUGACUGGCCGGACGAGGCCCGUGCAGUGCCUGGGAGCGCAGUGCCUGGGCUGGCAGUGCGGCGUGGUGGGCUGGAGCCGCAGGCGCCCCCUGCAGUCCUGGGGCGUGGGAGGUGGCGGCGGGGCCCCGAACCUGACCUCUCCUUCCCCAGCAACCCCAGCGAGGAGGAAGAGGAGGAGCAGGGGAAGAAGGGGAAGAGGAAGAAGAAGCCGCAGCACGAGGGGAAAGGCAAUUCGGGGUCCUCGUGGGAGGAGGGCAGCGUGUCGGAGAGCAGCUCCUCCGAGUCGGACUCGGGCUCCGAGGCAGAGGAAUCCCAGUCGGAGCCGGAAAGCAAGAGGAGACCCACGCCACCCAGCAGCAAAGCCGCCCCCAAGGCCACCCGGAAAGGGACCAAGGAGAUCUCCUUGCUGGACCUGGAUGACUACAGAGAAACUGAGGCACGUGGCAGGGAAGGGACCUGCCCAAGGUCGCCCAGCAGGCCGGUGGCGGAGCUGGGAAUACUCGGCCUUCCUGAGGCCACUGCCAGAGGUAACUGCGGCCUCCCUGCCCCGGCUCGUCCCUCCGUGUCACUGAACCCCCUGCUCAGCCCCACGUUCAGCGCCCGCAUGGCGGGCGAGGGGCUCUCGGUGGAGUACUGCUUCAGCCGGCAGCCCUUCGUCCCCGACCCGCACAUGGUGGCCGUGCACAUCCAGUUCUCCAACAGCGCCGAGGCGGAGGUGAAGGGCCUGCGGGUCUGUGCGCCCAGGCUGCUCCCCGGGAUUCGGCUCCAGGAGUUCCCGGAGAUCGGUAAUGCCCCCUGCCGGCGCCUGGGCCCUCCUGCCACCAGCGCCCAGGCUGGGCCAGGGCCUCAAAUGGGACCAAAACAGGGGGAGGGCAGAGACGAUGCCCUCAAAGGUGCCUGCACCCACUCGCGCCAGUUCUACGUCUCCAUCCAGCCGCCCGUGGGCGAGCUCCUGGCUCCGGUGUUCAUGAGCGAGAACGAGUUCAAGAAGGAGCAAGGUAAGCUGACAGGAAUGAGCGAGAUCACGGAGAAGCUGACGCUGCCGGACCAGUGCCAGAGCGACCAGGCCAUCGUCCAGCGAGUGAUGGUGGCGGCCAAUGUCAGCCGCGUGCCCUGCGGCGCGGACCACGUGUACAGAGUUAUGAAGGCUGUGCCAGAUUCUCAGCUGCUGUGA